GUUCACAAGUCGUCUUGUGAUAAAUUUCCUCUGUGCAAAACUUAUUUGUCAGAUUCGGGGAAAAAGUUCAGUGGUUCAAGUUAGGCAGGAAUAUGUGUGGUAUUUACCUCUGAAGGCCUUCCUCAGUUGAGUAAUUUCCCCAUCGAAAUUUAUUAAUACCUACAGCUGCCACUUUACCUUAUCUUCAGGCGUUCCCCAACCCACGACUUUUGGUAAAGUGAAUGAAAACCACAGGCGCCUCCACAAAUCAACCCUGAAGACAAAAACUUAUGAUCUUGCUGUGUUUGAGACCCUGCAGAUCGAAUCCCAAUGUGAAUGUAGGAGUCGUACCAGUUAACAAUAAUGAAAAGGAUGAAGCGGGAUUCCAUUCUUAUUUUGCUCUUUCUAUUGAAUUCUUGUUGGUUUAUAUGUGAGUGCCGAUGGUCUAACUGUAACAAUGGAACAACUUAUCUUUAUGGCGGUGCAUAUUCCACAAACCUGAAGCGAGUCAUAAACGACCUGCUUUCCAAUACAUCUGAUACUCCAGAGUUUGCUAUCUCUUCAUACGGUCAAUCUCCCAACACCGUCUAUGGCCUUUUACAGUGUGUCGGGAAUAUAUCAGCUGAAAAGUGUUCUGAAUGUUCGAAGAAUGCAUAUAAAACCGUUACUGAACAGUGCGGCAAUGACAUAGGUGGGCAAGUAUGGAUGGAUGACUGUUUCUUGCGUUAUGACAAAUUCAAUUUCUUUAGGGAUCUUGAUAUCAGUGGAAUGCCAUUUCCCAAUGAAAGUCAUAUUACUAGCAAUUCACAGGCUUUUGAGGCAACAGUAACUAAUCUUUUGAAGACUCUGUCUGAGAAGGCUUACGAACCUGCAAAUAAGGAUUUCGCCAUGGGAUCGGCUAGCUAUAGCAGCUCCGGAAAAGUGUACGGUUUAGUCCAGUGUUGGAGAACUUUAGAGAGAGAAGAUUGCAAAAGGUGCUUAUUGUAUGCGAGGCAAGAAGCACAGAGUUGCUGCUCGAUCGAUAAAGGAGCUCAGGUUCUGUCCACAUCCUGCAAGAUAAGAUAUGAGAUAUACCCUUUUUUUGGAUCUGCAGAGUCGAUGUUAACUGAUGGAUCAAAUAAUCCACCCACUUCUUCACCUCCGGCAUCUCCCGCAGAACCCCAUAGUUCUGGAAAGUCCUCAAAAACGUUACCCAUAAUAUUGGGACUCAUGGGAGCCCUGAUUCUGGCGUUACUUAUUUGUCUGAUUGCAAUGAGAAAAAGAGUGGCGUCUGCCAUUUGUAGGAGGCCAAUAACAAUAGUUACCCACAGCGAAGAGAGGCAGGGAAAUUCCUCUGAAGCCAGAUUAAUUAUACAGGAGAAACAUUUUGUGUUCAGCUUAGAAGAACUUGCAGAAUCCACACAAAAUUUUGAUGAGAGUAAAAAGCUUGGAGUGGGAGGUUUUGGUGCCGUCUACAAGGGAACAACUAGGGAGGGAAAAGAAAUAGCAGUGAAAAAACUGUCUGCAAGAUCUACGCAAGGUAAGAGAGAAUUUAUGAACGAAGUGAAGUUGCUCUCCAAUGUUCAGCAUCGAAAUCUUGUGAAGCUGUUAGGAUGUUGUGCUGAGGGAGAUGAAAGGUUGCUUGUUUAUGAAUACUUUCCCAACAAGAGCUUGGACACUUUUCUUUUCGAUCCGGAAAAGCGCAGAGAUUUAAGUUGGCAAAAGCGUUAUAACAUUAUAGUUGGAAUCACCCGUGGCCUUGUCUAUCUUCACGAGGAUUCACAGUUGAAAAUUAUUCACAGAGACAUUAAAGCAAACAACAUUUUACUUGAUGAGAAACUUAAUGCCAAGAUAGCUGACUUUGGCCUGGCUAGAUUAUUUGCUGGUGAUGAAACGCAUGUCCAUACAAAAGCCGCAGGCACAUACGGUUACAUGGCUCCAGAAUACGGAAUGCAAGGGCAGCUGUCAGUUAAAGCAGACGUUUACAGUUUUGGGGUGCUUCUGCUUGAGAUUAUGAGUGGAAGGAAAAAUAAUGAUGUAAAUAUUCCCUACGAAAUGGAAAACCUGUUAGAAUGGGCAUGGAGGUUCUACAAAGGAGAUGGUGUUAAAAAUAUGGUGGAUCCAACGGUAGCAGAAACAUGUCCAGAGGAGAAAGCGUGGAGAUAUAUUCAAAUUGGGCUUUUGUGUGUACAGAUGGAUGCAACACUUCGUCCAACUAUGUCGAAUGUUAUUAUAAUGAUAUCGAGCAGUUCGGUCACACUACCGAGUCCCAAAAAGCCUGCAUUCAUUAGCAUGAGCAAAAGCUAUGGCCCAAAAGCAGGAGUGAAGAUAAGCUCAGGAGGAUCAGGAGUUGGGGAUUAUGAAACGGGGACAUCUGGGACGACGACGUCAUCUGCAUCAGGGCUUGCGUCAGUAAACGAUGCCUCCAUCACUCAAGUGAACCCUAGGUAAAUUUGAGUUUAGAAAUGAAUAUCUGGAAGGCAGCCUUGCCGGCUAUUCUUUAUAGUCUUACCUAUAUGCUAUGUAAUUAUAAUAUACUGAUUCGCUCUGGCGGUCGGGAGUGGAAUAAUUGUGUUAAUAAACAAUGAAAUUUCCCGUACAGAAGCGUGAACCUUUUGUCUACAGUUCAGAAAAGUAAAGUGCAAGCCAGCUCAAUUUGUGCA